AGCCAGUAUUAUCUAUGCCUGGAGACCUUUGAGAAGAAGCUCUACUUUGCGCCCGCAGACCGUGCCCACCGGGUGCUUGAUGCUGGAUGCGGUAUUGGACACUGGGUCAUAGAUUUCGGUAAGAUCUCUGGGUGGGCAGACCACUGGGCGACGUGCUGUAUCCUGCUGACGUGUCUCAAUCUUUGCUAUAUUAGCCGAGCAGCAUCCACACUCCGAGGUCAUCGGGGUCGACCUGUCGCCAAUACAGCCAACAUUACAAUGCAACGCUUCCGGGCGCGCGGACCAAUACCGCCCCACCCUGCCAGCAUGCCACCCAAUGCCGUGUUCCAGAUCGACGACCUCGAGGAGGAAUGGAACUUCAGUUUCAAGUUCGACUACAUCCACACGCUCAUGAUGGCGGGGGCGUUUCGGGACUGGCCGCGGUUCCUGGGCCAGUGCUACGAGUUCCUGGAGCGGGGCGGCCACGUCGAGGUGCAGGACAUUGACUUCCCGCUGCGCUGCGACGACGGCACGAUGCGGCCCGACAGCGCCGUGCGCCGCUGGUCGGACCUGAUGAUGGAGGCCGGGGAGCGCUCGGGCUUCAAGCUCGACGAGUGCGGCCGCGUCGCCGACAUGAUGCGCGCCGCCGGCUUCGUCGACGUUGUCCGCGUCCCCUUUUGCUGGCCCGUCAACCGCUGGCCCCGCGACCAGAAGCUCAAGCAGAUCGGGCUCUGGGCCCAGGAGAACUUUGUCGAGGGUUGCGAGGCCAUGAGCAUGGCACUCUUCACCCGCUUCAUGGGCUGGACGAGGGACGAAGUCGUCGACUUUAGCGCCCGCGUCCGCGCCGACCUGGCCGACACGAGCAUACAUGCCUACUUCCCCAUCUACGUCACUUACGGCCGGAAACCCUAA